CGAUGCGCGUUCUUUCACUAUAUGAUAAAAGUCAAGCGACAGAAACUGCAGCAACUUCAUUAAUCUACCAUUUAUACGAUUCACAUUUAUUUGCUUACUAUCCAACGAGCUUGCAAAAGCCGGUUCUCCUAACAACAAUAUUUAACUCAACAAAUUACUUAGUUGCUUGCCUGAUUCUAAUGUGUUUUCUUGCCACAACAGUUAUCCGACCUUGUAGUGCCACAAAAGAAGAGAAUAGACUUUUUGAGGAUAUUUUAGCAGAUUAUAACAAAUUAGUUAGACCUGUAGAUGAGAAUAAUGCAACACUUGUAGUUAGAUUUAAACUAAAACUCAGCCAGCUUCUGGAUGUGCACGAGAAACAGCAAAUCAUGACAACUAAUGUUUGGCUUCAACACAUUUGGACGGAUAGUAAAUUAUGUUGGAAUCCAAAAGAUUAUGGUGGUGUUGAGGUUCUUUAUGUUCCGUCUGAGUUAAUUUGGCUACCUGAUAUUGUCCUUUAUAAUAAUGCGGAUGGAAAUUAUCAGUUAAGCUAUAAUGGGACUGUUGAAUGGACUCCACCAGCAAUUUAUAAGAGUAUGUGCCAAAUCGAUGUUGAAUGGUUUCCCUUCGAUGCUCAGACUUGCGAAAUGAAAUUUGGUUCAUGGACCUAUGGUGGUUUAGAAGUGGAUCUUAAAGUCUGGGUUGUUGAUGAUGGAAUCGAUCUAAAUGAUUAUUAUCCGAGUGUAGAGUGGGACAUUCUGCGUGUGCCUGGAAAACGGCAUCAGAAAAAAUAUCCUUGCUGUAUUUCGCCUUUCAUUGAUCUUACUUAUGAGAUACAUCUGCGUCGAAAAACGCUCUUCUACACUGUCAAUUUAAUGAUUCCAUGUGUAGGUAUCAGUUUUUUGACAGCUCUUGUAUUCUAUUUGCCGUCAGCUGGAGGCGAAAAAAUAUCGCUUUGUAUUUCAAUUCUUAUCUCGUUGACAGUCUUCUUUUUACUUCUCGUUGAAAUCAUUCCUUCUACUUCGCUUGUUAUUCCUUUAAUAGGCAAAUACCUUCUUUUUACAAUGGUCCUGGUUACACUUUCGGUCAUUACUACUUGUUUAACAUUAAAUGUUCACUAUCGGAAUCCAUCGACACAUAAAAUGUCGCCCUGGAUCCGCAAAUUAUUUAUUGAGAUUUUACCCUAUUAUCUACUUAUGAGGAGGCCGAUACAAAAAAGUAAAAAAUCUAGAAAAACAAAAGAAGAUUUGGGCACUUCAAUUAUGCUACAUCUAUUGCCUAAUGCCGUCUUAAGAAAACAAAAGGAGCGUGAAGCUUUAAGUCAAAGGCGGCUGACUCUACAACGACAAUCUAUUCUUGAGCAGAUGGAGAUACAUACAGCUCCAAGCUCUGCAGAAGCUAUAAAAAGAAUAGCUGGGCAUGGCCGUGAGAGCUCUGGACUUAUAGCACAUUUCGCGAGUACUUCUAGAGAAAGAGAGCAAGACGGCAGUUUAUAUAGAGAGCAAAGUCCGCUUAAAAGUGCCGUUGAUAGUGUAGCCUUCAUUGCUGAACAUUUUCAACGUGAAGAAGAUGAUCAAAGAAUUUCAAACGACUGGACAUUUGUGGCGAUGGUUUUGGAUAGAAUUUUCUUAAUAACUUUUACUGUUAUUUGUUUUUUCGGCUGUGUACUCAUCAUUUUUCGCGCUCCAACUAUUUGGAGUGCGGAACCUGCACUUGGAAACGCAUGACUGUUUAAAUUUAAUUUUAUUUUAGGGUUGG